GCCGAGGUGAAUGGGGCCCCAGCGCUGACUUGAGGAAGAGGCCGGGCGUCUCUACGAGGGAGGGUCGGGAGACCUCGGGACGUCCUGGUGGUGCUGAAGAGCUCGGUGGAGGCCUCCGUCCCGCGGCACCAUGAGGAGCUUCAAAGGAGUCAACUUUGGGACUCUGCUAAGAAGUCCAAAGGAGGCUGAAGAGCUGCUGCCUGACUUGAAGGAGUUCCUGUCCCAGCUUCCAGCUGAUUUUCCCAGCUGCCGAUCUGAUGCCGAGAGGAGGCAAGCUUGUGAUGCCAUCCUCAGGGCUUGCAACCAGCAGCUGACUGUCAAGCUGGCUUGCCCUAGGCACCUGGGGAGCCUGCUGGAGCUGGCAGAGGUGGCUUGCGAUGGCUACUUGAUGUCUACACCCCAACGCCCACCCCUCUACGUGGAACGAAUUCUCUUCAUCUUUCUGCGGAACACUGCUGCACAGGGAAUCCCAGAGGCCACAUUCCGAGUCGCUCAGCCCCUCCAUACCUGCUUGGUGCAGUGUUCUCGACAAGCUGCUCCCCAGGACUAUGACGCUGUGGCUCGGGGCAGCUUUUCUCUGCUUUGGAAGGGGGCAGAAGCCCUGGUGGAGCGGCAAGCUGCAUUGUCAGCUCGGCUAAAGGCCUUGAGCUUUCUAGUACUCUUGGAGGAUGAAAGUACCCCUUGUGAGGUUCCCCACUUUGCUUCUCCGACAGCCUGUCGAGUUGUAGCUGCCAAUCAGCUAUUUGAUGCCAGUGGGCAUGGUCUGAAUGAAGCAGAUGCUGAUUUCCUAGAUGACCUGCUCUCCAGGCAUGUGAUCAGAGCUUUGGUGGGAGAGGGAGGGGGCCCUCCUGGUCCUCUUUCCCCGCAGAGGGCCCUCUGUCUCUUGGAGCUCACCCUGGAACACUGCCGUCGCCUCUGCUGGGGCCACCACCACGCCAGAGCCACCAGGGCAGUGGAGAAGGCCUACAAUUACCUAAGGAACACCAGUCUGGCCCCCAGCCUCCAGCUUUGCCAGCUGGCAGUUGAACUCCUGCAGGUUGGCGAGGGAGGACCCCAGGCAGUGGCCAAGCUUCUGAUCAAGGCAUCAGCUGUCCUGAAAAACAGCAUGGAAGCACCGUCACCCGCACUGCGGGCAUUGUGUGACAGCUGCCAAUUCUUCCUCUCAGUCCUGGAGCGAGGCACCAAGGGGCACUAUGGACCUGAUGCCAUUCUGGGCCUCUUUGCUUUUCUUGGCAGCUACUGUUGCCUCAUCCGGCAGCUGCAGGAUGGUGUCUGUGGGGACUCGUCCAAGCAACUGCAGGCUUUGGUUCAGAUGCACUUUCAGGGACUUCACCUCUACACUACGGUGGUUUAUGACUUUGCCCAAGGCUGUCAGGAAGGUGAUUUGGCUGACCUGGCCCAGCUAGUGGAAAGCUGCAAAUCUACUGUUGUCUGGAUGAUGGAGGCCUUACAGGGCCUGUCAGGCCGAGAGCUGACUGACUACCUGGGGAUGACUGCCUCUUACACCAGUAACCUGGCCUACAACUUCUAUAGUCACAAGCUGUAUGCCGAGGCCUCUGCCAUCUCCGAGCCCCUCUGUCAGCACCUGGGCUUGGCAAAGCCAGACACCUAUCCUGAGGUGCCUCCUGAGAAGUUGCACAGAUGCUUCCGGCUGCACGUAGAGAGUUUGAAGAAACUGGGUAAACAGGCCCAGGGCUGCAAGAUGGUGACUUUGUGGCUGGCAGCCCUGCAGCCCUGUGGCCCCAAACACAUGACUGAGCCAGUCACCUUCUGGGUCCGGGUCAAGAUGGAUGCAGCCAGAGCCGGAGACAAGGAGCUACAGCUGAAGACGCUUCGAGACAGCCUGAGUGGCUGGGACCCGGAGACCCUGGCCCUCCUGCUCAGGGAGGAGCUGCGGACCUACAAGGCGGUGCGGGCCGACACGGGGCAGGAACGUUUCAACGUCAUCUGCGACCUGCUGGAGCUGAGCCCCGAGGAAACACCGGCCGGGGCCUGGGCCCGGGCCACCCACCUGGUGGAACUGGCUCAGGUGCUCUGCUAUCACAACUUUGCCCAGCAGACCGACUGCUCUGCCUUGGAUGCCAUCCGGGAAGCCCUGCAGCUUCUGGAGUCUGUGAGGCCCGAGGCCCAGGCCAAGGAUCGGCUUCUGGAUGAUAAAGCACAGGCCCUGCUGUGGCUCUACAUCUGUACCCUGGAGGCCAAGAUGCAGGAGGGUAUUGAGCGGGAUCGGAGAGCCCAGGCCCCUAGUAACCUGGAGGAGUUUGAAGUCAAUGACCUGAACUAUGAAGAUAAACUCCAGGAAGAUCGUUUCCUAUACAGUAACAUUGCCUUCAACCUGGCUGCAGAUGCUGCUCAGUCCGCAUGCCUGGACCAAGCCCUGGCCCUGUGGAAGGAGGUGCUUACAAAGGGGCAGGCCCCCGCCGUGCGGUGUCUGCAGCAGACAGCAGCCUCCCUGCAGAUCCUAGCGGCCCUCUAUCAGCUGGUGGCAAAGCCCCUGCAAGCUCUGGAGGUCCUCCUGCUCCUACGGAUCGUCUCCCAGAGACUGGAGGACCACGCAAAGGCAGCCGGCUCCUCCUGCCAUGUCACCCAGCUCCUCCUGACACUCGGCUGUCCCAGCUAUGCCCAGUUGUACCUGGAAGAGGCAGAAUCAAGUCUGAAGCUUUUGGAUCGCACCACAGAUACAUGCCUGCUCCUUUCCCUGACCUGUGACCUCCUGCGAAGUCGACUCUACUGUGCUUGCCAGAAGGUGGCUGAGGGUGCCUCUCUGCUGCUGUCUGUGCUUCAGGACCCUGCCCUCCAGAGGUCAUCCAAGGCCUGGUACCUGCUGCGCGUCCAGGCCUUGCAGCUUGUGGCAGUCUACCUUGGCCUCUCAUCAGACAGACUUUCGGCCUCCCUGUGGGAGCAGCUCUGUGCCCAAGGCUGGCAGACGCCUGAGAUAGCGCUCAUCGACGCCCAUAAGCUCCUCCGAAGCAUCAUCCUCCUGCUCAUGGGCAGCGAUGUGCUCUCGGUUCAAAAAACAGCUGUGGAGACACCAUUUCUGGACUAUGGUGAAAAUCUGGUACAAAAAUGGCAGGUUCUUACUGAGGUGCUAAGCUGUUCGGAGAAGCUGGUCUCCCGCCUGGUCCACCUGGGUAGUGUGAGCGAAGCCAAAGCCUUUUGCUUGGAGGCCCUGAAACUGACAACAAAGCUGCAGAUACCGCGCUGGUGUGCCCUGUUCCUGGUGCUGAAGGGGGAGCUGGAGCUGGCGCGCAAUGACAUCGACCUCUGUCAGUCGGACCUGCAGCGGGUUCUGUUCUUGCUCGAGUCUUGCACAGAGUUUGUCGGACUAGCCCAACACCCAGACACUGUGAAGAAGGUCCACUUGCAGAAGGGGAAGCAGCGGGCCUGGGUGCCCCAUCCUCCAGAGCUUCCAGAGGAAGAGCUUGUUCUAAGAGGCGCUGCCCUGGAGCUGGUGGCCACCGUGGCCAAGGAGCCUGGCCCUGUAGCACCUUCUACUAACUCCUCCCCGAUCCUGAAAACAAAGCCCCAGCCCAGCCCUGGCUUCCUGACCCAUUUGCCCACUUGUGACUGCUCGCUCUGUGCCAGCCCUGUCCUCUCAGCAGUCUGUCUGCGCUGGGCGUUGAUCACAGCAGGGGCGAGGCUGGCCAUGGGCCAUCAGGCCCAGGGCCUGGAUCUGCUGCAGGUUGUGCUGAAGCGUUGCGCUGCGGCCAGUGAGCGCCUCACCCAAGCUCUACAAGCUUCCCUGAAUCACAAAGCAGCCCCCUCUCCUGUCCUGGGCCUCUUCGAUGAGAUCUCGGCUCAGGCAUAUGCACAGCUGGCACUGGAGGGACUGAGCCAGCUGUCAAACAAGAGCCUGGAGAAGGUCCUGGAGUCGGGGCUAAAGUUUGUGGCGGCUCGGAUACCCCACCUGGAGCCCUGGCGAGCCAACCUGCUCUUGGUUCGGGCCCUUGCAAAGCUGGCUGGCCUCAGCUGCUGCACUCCCCGACUUUUUGCGAGCUCCUGGGGCUGGCAGCCACCAUCAGUAAAGACCCCUGCAGGCUCAGAACCCUCUAAGCCUUGGAGCCAAAAACAUUGUGGACGAAGACGCCAGCAAGAGGUCUCUGCUACCCUGCCACUCUCACAUACCUCUAUGAAAGGUCUGGAAGGUAGAGGACCACCCUGUACACCUAAGCCCCCAGGUCGGGUCAGGCAGGCUGGCCCUCGUGUCCCCUUCACCGUGUUUGAGGAAGUCUUCCUUACAAAGAGCAAGCCUGAGGUUCCCAAGGCCCCCAGGGUACAACAGAGGGUCCAGACACGCCUCAAGGUGAACUUCAGUGAUGACAGUGACCUGGAAGACCCUGUCUCAGUUGAGGCACGGCUUGCAGAGGGGCCCAAGGGACGAGGCACUGCUUCCCGGGGCUGGGGCCGGGGCCAGGGCCGGGGCCGGGGCCGGGCCAGGAAGGGCCCGAGCGUGAAGACAAACGUGGGGGCCGCCCCAGGCAGUGCCCCUGGGCACCCUGGCCUCAGUGGCAGAAGCCGGAGGGUCAAGAAGCUGGCAUCAGGACAUUGUGAGGAGCUGGGCCCUGAGAUGAUGAGGACCAUCCUUGAGGAGGAACUGACUGACAAGCAGAUGGAAAUGAGCUUUGAGAUCCUCAGGGGCUCUGAUGGGGAAGACUCAGCCUCAGGUGGGAAGACCCCAGCUCCAGGGCUCGAUUCCGCCAUAGGAGAAUGUGAGGUGUUGAGACGGGAUGCCAGCAAAGAGGAGCUGCCCGUCCGGGGCCCAGACAAGGAGAGAGACAAGGAUCUUGGUCCUCGGCUCCGACUCCCCUCGGCCCCCGUAGCCGUCAGUCUGUCUAUCCUGGAUUCCAUCUGUGACUCACUAAGCAUUGCUUUCCGUGGGGUCAGUCACUGCCCUCCUAGUGGGCUCUACGCUCACCUCUGCCGCCUCCUGGCCUUGUGCCUGGGCCACCGGGAUCCCUAUGCCACUGCCUGCCUUGUCACCGAGUCUGUCUCCAUCACCUGUCGCCACCAGCUGCUCAUCCACCUCCACAGGCAGCUCAGCAAGGCCCAGAAGCGCCGAGGAUCGCUUGAAAUAGCAGACCAGCUGCAGGGGCUGAACCUCCAGGAGAGGCCUGGAGACAUACCCCUGGCCCGCAUCCAGCGCCUCUUUUCCUUCAGAGCGUCGGGAUCUGGCCACUUCCCCCAGCCCGAGGAGGAGAGUUUCCAGGAGCGCCUGGCUCUGAUCCCCAGUGGGGUGACCGUGUGUGUGUUGGCCCUGGCCACCCUGCAGCCUGGAACCAUGGGUAACACCCUCCUGCUGACCCGGCUGGAAAAAGACAAUCCCCCAGUCACCGUGCAGAUCCCCACUGCCCAGAACAAGCUUUCUGUGAGUUCGGCCCUGAAAGAGUUUGACGCCAUCCAGAAGGAACAGAAAGAGAACAGCAGCUGUACUGACAAGCGAGAAUGGUGGACGGGGCGGCUGGAACUGGACCGUAGGAUGGAGGUUCUCACCACUUCCCUAGAGAAGUAUGUGCUGGGCUGCUGGCGGGGGCUGUUGCUGCCAUCCAGUGAGGACCCCGGCCCUGCCCAGGAGGCCUCCCGUCUACAAGAAUUGCUGCAGGAAUGUGGCUGGAAAUAUCCUGACCACACUCUGCUGAAAAUCAUGCUCAGCGGUGCCAGUACCCUCACCCCACAGGACGUUCAGGCCCUGGCUUAUGGGCUGUGCCCAGCCCAGCCAGAAAGAGCCCAAGAGCUCCUGAGUGAGGCAGUAGAGCGUCUACAGGGUCAGACGGUACCAAGCAGUAGGCAUCUUGUCUUGGUGCUGGACAAGGACCUACAGAAGCUCCCGUGGGAGAGCAUGCCCAGCCUCCGGGCCCUGCCUGUCACUCGGUUGCCCUCCUUCCGAUUCCUACUCAGCUACUCCAUCAUCAAAGAGUCUGGGGCCUCGUCGGUGCUGAGCCAAGGAGUGGAUCCUCGCAGUGCCUUCUACGUCCUGAAUCCCCACAAUAACCUGUCAAGCACAGAGGAGCAAUUCCGAGCCCAUUUUAGCAGUGAAGCUGGCUGGAAAGGGGUGGUCGGGGAGGUGCCGAGCCCGGAACAGGUGCAGGCGGCCCUGACGGAGCAUGACUUGUACAUCUAUGCAGGGCAUGGGGCCGGUGCCCGCUUCCUGGACGGGCAGGCUGUCCUGCGGCUGAGCUGCCGGGCGGUGGCCCUGCUGUUUGGCUGCAGCAGUGCAGCCCUGGCUGUGCGUGGAAACCUGGAGGGUGCUGGCAUCGUGCUCAAGUAUAUCAUGGCUGGCUGCCCCCUGUUUCUAGGUAACCUCUGGGAUGUGACUGACCGUGACAUUGACCGCUACACAGAGGCUUUGCUGCAGGGCUGGCUUGGAGCAGGCCCAGGAGCCCCACUUCUGUACUACGUCAGCCAGGCCCGCCAGGCUCCCCGACUCAAGUAUCUUAUUGGGGCUGCACCUGUAGCCUAUGGCUUGCCUGUCUCCCUGCAGUGACCCCUUGGAGCUCUCCUGUUGCUGAUAGAAGCCAUGUGACUGUUCUACCUCCAAACUUAGAUUUGGCCCUUACAAUAAAUAUUUUAAAUGAUUUUCCCCAGUGUUUUAUAUGAAACAUUUCCUUUUGAUUUAAUUUUUAAUAUAAUAAAGAUACAUCA